CUUGCUCUAAUAAAAAAAAAAAAAAAUUGACAUUUUUAUUGUCCUCCUUGUAUUCUCACUACUCUCACUACGGAACUUCUUCCUCCUCUUUGUCUGAUCUCAAACCCAAAAACCUGCCAAGUCUGCAAUUUGUUUCAGGCAUAAAUCUCAAUCGAAUCUCCUCAAUUUGGUCUAGAAAGCUAGGCUGACAUGGACCAUUAUACUGGGCAAAAGAACCCCAAAGAACCAAUUUGUUUCUUCCUUGUUUAACCCCUUUUUGCCUUUCCUUUGGGUUCAGUCAUGCCUUCUGUAAUAAUGGCGAAGGCUGGAAUUUAUGCUGCUGUGUUUUUGUUCUGUAUUCUCCAGUGUAAAUUCUGUUCCUUUGCGAUGCUAGACCCACUUGAUUUCUUGGCUCUGCAAUCCAUUCGGAAGUCUCUAGAUGAUUUGACGGGCUCUAAUUUCUUUGCUUCCUGGGAUUUCACUUUGGAUCCUUGUAACUUCCCCGGAGUUUAUUGUGAUUCCGAGAGGGUGAUUGCUUUUAAUCUUGGGAAUCCGAAAGCAGGUUCGCUGGGGUUGAUAGGAAAGAUUGAUCCGGCGAUUAGGAAACUCUCUGCCCUCGCUAAGUUAUCAACUGUUCCGGGUCGGAUCGUCGGGUCUCUGCCACAAUCGACUUCAUUUUCUUGCUAUCAGCAAGAACUUCAUCUCCGACGCGAUUCCGGUCACUAUAGGUGAGCUGAGGAAUCUUAAAACACUUGAUCUCAGCUACAAUCAGUUCACCAGAGAAAUCCUCGGUCGAUCGGGACUUUGCCGGAGCUCUCCAACGUCAUUCUCUGCCACAACCGUCUCUUCGGUUCGGUCCCUCCUUUCCUCUCCCAAACUUUAACCCGGCUUCUCCGGUUCGUUGGCCCGGACUCCUUCCCCGCUUCUUUCCAGCACCUGUCCCUCGCCUGGAGAAUAAGGAAAGAGAAACUGG